AUGCCGGUUGAUAAAUCUUGGAUCAAUCUUUCUAGUAGGUCAUGUGAGGAAUAUAUAAAUGGAGUAACAGAGUUUGUUGAUUAUGCAUUUCAACGUAUUAAAGAUGAAGAUAUGAAGAUAAAAUGUCCUUGUAAUGAUUGUAACAAUAGAUAUAGAAGAACACGAGUUGAGGUUACAAGAGACCUCUUAUGGAAAGGGAUGAGGCGUGAUUAUACUAGAUGGCAUCUCCAUGGAGAGGGAAAUAGUGAUGAGGACGAUGAAGGUAGUGAUGAGAAUGAGGAUAAUAGUAGUGAUGAUGAACAAAAUAUUGAUGAUAUCCAUAAUAUGAUACGAGAUGCUUAUCCUCGUAUGAGAGAUGUUGAGGAAACAAGUGGGAGUGAAUCGCAAGAUCCAAAUGAAGAAGCAAAGGAGUUUUAUAGAUUGGUUGAAGAGGCAGAUCAACCACUUUAUUUGGGAUGUAAAAAGUAUUCCAAUUUGUCCUUCAUUGUCAAAUUAAUGCACAUAAAGUGCAAGAAUUCAUGGAGCAACAACUCAUUCACAAUUUUGCUGGAGCUACUGAAGGAUGCAUUUCCAAUGUGUGAAAAAUUGCCCAUAUCCCACUAUGGGGCAAAGAAGAUUGUGAGUGAUCUUGGUCUAAACUAUGAAAAGAUCGAUGCAUGCAAAAAUGAUUGUAUGCUAUAUUACAAGGAGCAUUCGGAAGCAGAUAAGUGCUCAGUUUGUCGGAUCUCAAGAUGGAAGUUGAAUAGCAAGGGUGGUAAAAGGGAUGCUAAAAAAGUCCCAUGGAAGGUAUUGCGAUAUUUUCCUCUUAAGCCGAGGCUACAAAGAUUAUUUAUGUCAUCAAAAACAGCUCCAGACAUGAGAUGGCACCAUGAGAAUCGUUCUAAUGAUGAAGUACUAAGGCAUCCCGCAGACGCUGAGGCUUGGAAAUCAUUUGAUCGAACUCAUGAGUCCUUUUCCUCAGAUCCUCGCAAUGUAAGGCUUGGGUUAGCUACCGAUGGAUUUAAUCCUUUUGGAAACAUGAGUGUUAGCUAUAGUUGUUGGCCUGUUGUCGUAUUCCCUUACAACAUUCCCCCGUGGAUGUGUAUGAAAGAGCCUUACCUAUUCAUGUCUCUACUUAUUCCGGGCCAAAAGGGUCCUGGCAAUGAUAUCGAUGUAUUUUUAAGGCCAUUAAUUGAUGAGUUAAAAGAAUUAUGGGAAAAGGGUGCUGAAACCUAUGAUGCUUCAACGCAGGAAAACUUUCAAAUGAGAGUUGCAUUAAUGUGGACUAUCAAUGACUUUCCUGCGUACGCUUAUACCUCGGGUUGGAGUACACAAGGGAAUCUUGCAUGCCCUUGCUGUGGUAGUGAGACUUCUCAUCAUAGGUUAAAGCAUGGUAGCAAAAUGUGCUAUAUGGGUCAUCGUCGAUUUCUUCCUCCUGACCAUAAAUGGCGAUCACAAAAAGCACAAUUUGAUGGUAAGAGAGAGAGAAAAGGGGCACCAAAACGAUUAUCUGGUGAUGAUGUGCUGAAUCAACUUGGUACUCUGCCACCAAUAACACUAGGCAAGGCCGUUAAAAGGAAAAGGUUACCUGGGCGUGGAAAGUGCCACAAUUGGAAGAAGCAUAGUAUUUUCUUUGAUUUGCCGUAUUGGAGAACAUUGUUAUUGCGUCAUAAUUUGGAUGUGAUGCACAUUGAGAAAAAUAUAUGUGAUAGUGUGAUGGGGACAGUAUUAGAUAUUGAUAAGAAAAGUAAAGAUUCCUUAAAUGCUAGGCUCGAUCUAAAAAUGAUGGGUAUACGAAAGGAACUUCAUCCUGAAGAUGGGAAGACUACUUUUCCUCGUGCUUGUUAUACACUCUCAAAAGAUGAGAAAAAGGCUGUGUUUCAGUGGUUGCAAAAUCUAAAGGUUCCGGAUGGUUACUCUGCAAAUUUGUCUCGGUGUGUGAAUGUAGGAGAACAGAAGAUUUUUGGUAUGAAAACUCAUGACUGUCAUGUCUUCAUGGAGAGAUUACUCCCUCUUGUAGUGCGUGAAUUAUUACCUAAAAAGGUAUCUGAUGCUUUGAUCAAGCUUAGCAAUUUUUUAAAAGAAUUAUGCUCUAAAGUUUUACGGUUGGAGGACUUGGAGCAUAUGGAGCACACAAUUCCUAUAAUUCUUUGUAAGUUAGAAAGAAUUUUUCCACCUGCUUUCUUUGAUGUAAUGGUACACUUGCCAAUUCAUCUACCUUGGGAAGCUAAAGUUGCCGGUCCAGUGCAAUAUCGAUGGAUGUAUCCGAUUGAAAGGUAUUUGUGUAAGCUCAAGGGUUAUGUUCGUAACAAGGCACACCCAGAAGGGUCGAUUGCAGAAGGGUAUGUGGCAGAUGAAUGUCUAACAUUUUGCUCACGGUAUCUAAUUGGGAUCGAAACAAUAUUUAAUCGACCUGAGCGAAAUGAUGAUCAAUGUCCAGCAACAUGUGAUGAUACCCCUCGAUUACCCAUAUUCUCUAGGAGAGGCCGCCCUUAUGGGAAGAGUGUAGUUCGAGAGUUAAACAACACUGAUUAUUAUGUAGCAUCGCUUUAUGUCCUACAAAAUUGUGAUGAGAUCGAGCCCCUUGUUCAAGAACAUAGGAACAUCCUUGUAGACUUGGGUGUCAAUGUUGACGAGAUGCCUAGACAUGAGUUCAUUUGUUCGUUCAAAGAAAGGAUCACAAAACUUUAUAAUGAUGGAAACGAGCAAGUUGACGAGCAUGUGCGAUCAUUGGCUUGGGGUCCAGAUAAACGAGCUACACACUACCCUUGUUACAAUGUCAAUGGGUUUAGGUUUCGUACUAAACUACGUGAUGAUGGUAAAAAAACACAAAAUAGUGGUGUUAUGGUGAAAGGGGAAUAUCAAAAUAUGUCUUAUUAUGGAUUGAUAACAGACAUCAUCGAACUCCGUUACACAAAGGGGAAUUCUGUUGUUUUGUUUAAAUGUGAUUGGUAUGAUGUAGCUCGAGAAGGAAUUGGUUAUAAGCUAGAUCGUCAUGGGAUCACUAGUAUUAAUAGAACACGUAAGCUAAACACACAAGAGCCAUUUGUGUUAGCGUGUCAAGCAAUACAAGUUUACUAUGUAAGUUGUAUAAAAGAUCUAGCAUGGAGCACUGUGAUUGAGACCAAGCCAAGAAAUCUUUAUGACAUGCCAGCAAAUGAAGAAGAGCCUUAUCAAGAAGAAGAGGUUCAAAGAUUCAAUACACAUGUGGCUGGAGCAAAUGAAGAAGAUGAUGAGAUGAACUAG